UUGACCCAGUGCGGCGUAGGAUUGCAGCCCGCAUACCGUGGGGCUUGCCACCCAGGUUUUGCAGCUGAGACACCGUGGGACCCGUGAUCCUGUGUUUGCAGCGGGAACAUUUCGGGUCUGUGAUCCGAGUGGGGACGCGACGCAGAGGCUGAGGAUGAGCACCGCGGAUCUGAUGCUACGCUGGGCCAUCGCCCUGCUCCUGGCUGCUGCUGGAGUUGCAGCAGAAGAUUCAUGUGGCAAGAACGAGUUCCAGUGUAGAGACGGAAAAUGCAUCGUCAGCAAGUGGGUGUGUGACGGCAGCCGCGAGUGCCCGGAUGGCUCCGAUGAGUCCCCUGAGACAUGCAUGUCUGUCACCUGUCGAUCCGGUGAGUUCAGCUGUGGAGGCCGCGUCAGCCGAUGCAUUCCUGACUCCUGGAGAUGUGAUGGGCGGACCGACUGUGAAAAUGGCUCGGAUGAACUAGACUGCUCCCCCAAGACGUGCUCCCUGGAUGAGUUCCGCUGCCAGGAUGGCAAGUGCAUCUCCCGGCAGUUUGUGUGUGACCAAGACUGGGAUUGCCUGGAUGGCUCUGACGAGGCCCACUGUGCGGCCACCACUUGUGGCCCUGCUCACUUCCGCUGCAACUCCUCUUCCUGCAUCCCCAGCCUGUGGGCCUGCGACGGGGACCGGGACUGUGACGAUGGCUCCGAUGAGUGGCCGCAGAACUGCGGGGGCCGAGACACGGCCGCUGAGGUGGUCAGCAGCCCCUGCUCCUCCCUCGAGUUCCACUGUGGCAGUAGUGAGUGUAUCCAUCGCAGCUGGGUCUGUGACGGUGCGGCUGACUGCAAGGACAAGUCGGACGAGGAGAACUGCGCGGUGACCACCUGCCGACCUGACGAAUUCCAGUGUGCAGAUGGCUCCUGUAUUCACGGUAGCCGCCAGUGUGACCGUGAACAUGACUGCAAAGACAUGAGCGACGAGCUUGGCUGCAUCAAUGUGACCCAGUGCGAUGGCCCUAACAAAUUCAAGUGCCACAGUGGGGAGUGCAUCAGCUUGGACAAGGUGUGCAACUCCGCCCGGGACUGUCGUGACUGGUCGGAUGAGCCCAUCAAGGAGUGCAAGACCAACGAGUGCUUGGACAACAAUGGUGGCUGUUCCCACAUCUGCAAGGACCUCAAGAUUGGCUAUGAGUGCCUAUGUCCCAGCGGUUUCCGGUUGGUGGACGGCCACCAGUGUGAAGAUAUUGACGAGUGUCAGGAGCCAGACACCUGCAGCCAGCUCUGUGUGAACCUGGAGGGCAGCUUCAAGUGCGAGUGUCGGGCCGGCUUCCACAUGGACCCUCACACCAGGGUCUGCAAGGCUGUGGGUUCCAUAGGGUUUCUGCUCUUCACCAACCGCCAUGAGGUACGUAAGAUGACCCUGGACCGCAGCGAGUAUACCAGCCUGAUCCCCAACCUGAAGAAUGUGGUGGCGCUGGACACUGAGGUGGCCAACAAUAGAAUUUACUGGUCUGACCUGUCCCAGAGAAAGAUCUACAGCGCCGUGAUGGACCAGGGCACCAGCUUGUCCUAUGAUGCCAUCAUCAGUGGGGACCUGCACGCCCCUGACGGGCUGGCGGUAGACUGGAUCCAUGGCAACAUCUACUGGACGGAUUCAGUUCCGGGCACUGUUUCCGUGGCUGACACCAAGGGUGUCAGGAGGAGAACUCUGUUCCGAGAGAAAGGGUCCAGACCCAGAGCCAUCGUAGUGGACCCUGUGCAUGGCUUCAUGUACUGGACAGAUUGGGGGACACCUGCCAAGAUCAAGAAAGGGGGUUUGAAUGGUGUAGACAUCUACUCUCUGGUGACCGAGGACAUCCAGUGGCCAAAUGGCAUCACACUAGAUCUUCCCAGUGGCCGCCUCUAUUGGGUUGAUUCCAAACUCCACUCCAUCUCCAGCAUCGAUGUCAAUGGGGGUGGUCGGAAAACCAUUUUGGAGGAUGAGAAGCAGCUAGCUCACCCCUUCUCCUUGGCCAUCUAUGAGGACAAAGUGUAUUGGACAGAUGUCUUAAAUGAAGCCAUUUUCAGUGCCAACCGCCUCACGGGUUCAGAUGUGAAUUUGGUGGCUAAAAACCUCAUGUCCCCGGAGGACAUUGUCCUGUUUCACAACGUCACGCAGCCUAGAGGGGUAAACUGGUGUGAGGCAACGGUUCUCCCCAACGGUGGCUGCCAGUACAUGUGCCUGCCUGCCCCUCAGAUCAGUGCCCACUCACCCAAGUUCACCUGCGCUUGCCCUGAUGGUAUGCUACUGGCCAAGGACAUGAGGAGCUGCCUCCCAGAAGUCGACACUGUACCGACCACCCAGGGGACAUCCACCAUUGGGCCUGUGGUCACCACAUCAGCUGCUGUGUCACUGAAGCGCAAGGAGGAUCCCUCAGCUACUAGGCACAAGGAGGAUCCCUCAGCUACUAGGCACAAGGAGGAUCCCUCAGCUACCAGCACCUCUAGGCAGCCUGGGGAUACCCCAGAGCUCAGCACAGUGGAGUCGGUGACAGUGUCCUCCCAAGUCCAAGGUGACAUGGCUGGCAGAGGGGACGAGGUGCAGCGGCACGGUGUGGGGUUCUUGUCCAUCUUCCUCCCCAUUGCACUGGUGGCCCUCCUUGUCUUCGGAGCCAUCCUCCUGUGGAGGAACUGGCGGCUGAGGAACAUUAACAGCAUAAACUUUGACAACCCAGUCUACCAGAAGACCACGGAGGACGAGAUCCACAUUUGCCGCAGCCAGGAUGGCUAUACCUACCCCUCGAGACAGAUGGUCAGCCUGGAGGAUGAUGUGGCAUGAACAGCUGAGGGGAGCCAUCUCUUUCCGGGAUCCGCUGCCACCCUUAGGCAGGAAGGACGCUUUCUCACACCUCCCCGCCCUGCACUGGUCCUUCCACCUCAGUGGUCUCUGUGUUGCUCAAAGCAAGAUAAGAGCAAAACUGGGCUGGGGCCAAGCUCAGCGGCCUGUCUGCCCUGGGUCCUGUUUUAUAUAUUUAUUGUCUGGGGACAGAAAAGGCUACUGGCCAUGCUCCAGAUGGGAAUUC